GCGCAGCUGGGGGCAAGCUUCCAGAAAGGCCACGACCUCAGCCGUCGUCGCAUUCCACCUUGACUCCUGCAACCUCACGACGCUCCUUUCCUUUGCCCAUUGAGAGAGAGCGUAUUGACUGAUUUAUUCCUGAUUCUGACACUCCCUAAUACCUUCUCUUUCCCCAGUAUCCCCUUCUAAUUAACUCAACAUGGCGAAAGGCGCGAACAAGGACGUCUACUCGGUGAUCCUGCCCACCUUCAACGAGCGCCAGAACCUCCCUAUCAUCACCUGGCUGCUGCAGCGAACCUUCUCGGAAAACAACCUCGAUUGGGAACUCAUCAUCGUCGACGACGGCUCCCCCGACGGCACCCAAGAGAUCGCGAACCAACUCGUCAAGGCCUACAGCCCCCACGUCCAGCUCAAGCCCCGGACGGGCAAGCUCGGCCUCGGCACCGCGUACGUGCACGGCCUGCAGUUCGCCAAGGGCAACUUCAUCAUCAUCAUGGACGCCGACUUCAGCCACCACCCCAAGUUCAUCCCGCAGAUGAUCGCACUGCAGAAGGCGCACGACUACGACAUCGUCACGGGCACCCGCUAUGCCAGCGGCGGCGGCGUCUUCGGCUGGGACCUGAAGCGAAAGCUGACCAGCAAGGGCGCCAACAUCUUUGCCGACACCGUGCUGCGCCCCGGCGUGAGUGACCUCACCGGCAGCUUCCGCCUGUACAAGCGCGCCGUCCUCGAGAAGCUGUUCGAGACCACCGACGUGCGUGGCUUCAGCAUGCAGAUGGCGCUGGCGGUGACGGCCAAGGCCAUGGGCAUGACCAUCGGCGAGGUCCCAAUCACGUUCGUGGACCGGGUAUUCGGCGAUUCCAAACUCGGUGGAGAAGAGAUAGUAGAAUACGCAAAGGGCGUGCUGUCAUUGUGGGCAAAAGUGUGAGGGCACUAUCCAGGCUAUGGGCUCUUUAGUAAUGCAUCAGCGAUUCCCGAUCAGUCUCACUCCUUUUGCCGUGCUGCUUGGCGUUCAUCUUCACAAGCGGCUUACGAGUGAUUUCUGUCUUUUUCUUCGGCUGGAUAGCGUGGGACUCUUCAAUGGGCUGCCAUCCAAGCAGCAUGCAGAUUCCCCAAGUGGUGAUAGCGGAAUGUACUCGUGUGUUGAUGCACUGACCGUAUAGGGACUCAUAGCACCCUUCAGGUGACCAGAAACGUGGGUAGAGAAAAACCGAACAUUUCCGGACUGAUGGAAUCACUUCACCAGCUCAACUUCAGUAUCAUAAACACAAAUCACGCACCAGGCCGUGUGUGAUGACUGCAAGCGUCGUGGACGUGCGUGGCAAAGCUCUCCGCCUCAGGUUUCUCUAUUCUGACUGUUCCGAGGGCCGAAAGCUGGCACAAUAGGCAGAGGUAGACCGACUCUAGACGAGGAGGGCAAUCGUGAGUGUAUCCCGAAUUGCCGGAAAGAUGCUGGUACAGACGGGGUGAGAGGAUGGGCGAGACAACUCGAUGAGUUGUGCACAGUGAUUGGCAACAGACGACUGCUACGACUGCUACAGGAAAGACCGUGGAGAGUAGUAGGUGUGUGGUGCUGGGGUCGUAGGGGCCUGGCAUCACGAUCAACAAAAUCGUGAGAGAUAUGGAGCCAUAUUGAAAAAGAGAUCGGAUAUUCACACCCGCCAAAACGGAGGGUACACCCGUACCAGGGAACUCGGAGAUCAAAGUACGUAGUUUAGCACCAAAUCACGAGUAAUUAUCCUAUAGGAUGUUUUCCUAUAGAAGCUGGUCCCAUAGGAGAUUAUCCCAUAGGAGGUUAUCCCAUAGGAGGUUAUCCCAUAGGAGGUUGUCC